CAAGACCUCAUCUCCAAAAUAAAAAACAUAAAGAGUUAGGGCUGUAGCUUAGUGGUAAAGUCCUCCUGAGUUCAAUCCCUAGUACCAAAAAUAAAAUAAUAAUAAUAAUAGUACCAAUUUCUUGAGUUGUUGCAAGGAUCAAAUGAGUUCAUAUAUAUGUGUGAAGAGCUUAGAAUAGAGCCUGGCAGGGCUGGGGUGUGGCUCAGUGGUGGAGCACUUGCUUGCCUAGCAUACUCAGGGACCUGGGUUCAAUCACCAGCACUCCUGACCCUCAAAAUAGUGCCUUAGUCAGAAAGAAUGUUCAAUGUUCACCUUUAUAAGCUGCAUAGUUUCCAGUCCUUGACAGACUUCUAGGAUGUACUGGGAUAUUCCCUGCUUUCAAUGAACUUCCAAUCUCCUUUCUGCAAACAAGGAUAAUACCUGUGAAAUACUGGAGACCAACUCAGAUUAAGGAAUGUAAAUGCUGAAAUGCAGGAAAAUGUACUAUAUGGAGGUGGGUAACCCUUAAUUAUCUCAAGCCUUGGGUAACAUUCCUCAUUGAUUUGCCUUAACUCUCUGCUGCCUUUUCACAAUGGUGCCUUUGGGAAGCCUUCCAUUAUUCUACUAUUAAAUAGGCAUGGAGCCUGCAUAUAGUUCAGGAUUCACUCUUAUCUCCAAGCUGGCCACCCUUAAAAAACGAAACCAGAAUCUACUGAGAAUUUACAAAGUGUCAGCUUCAUUGCUUUUCAAUCAUUUAUUAAACAUGUAUACAGUAGCUUUAAAUUAUCCAGAACUAUGUAAGCACUAGGGAUUUAAAAACUAGUAGGAAAUGAUUCCCACCCUCACAGAGUUUAAAGGUCCAUGUAAAGUUACACUUAUACCCUCUAUCUCCAACAUCUCCAACCCGCAGCAUAAACCUGGCUAUUAAUCAUACUUUUCCAGACUCAACUCAAAUGUCACUUCUUCCCAGAAGUCUUCCAUAAUACUUCUCCCUCCCUCCUGGAAUUAGGUACUUCACAGUUUAUCUGCUGUACAACUAUCCAUGCUGGAUUUUAUGGUCCAUUUCAUAGGGUCCUAAUUAUAGAGUUACAUAGUGGACAUUCAGUAUAGGAUUGUUGACUAAAUGAAUGAGGGAAUCCCCUUUUUUGUUCCAAAGCCCUGUCUCUCUCCCUUGGCCCUGGUGCCUUCCAACCCCAGAACUCUACACUCAUGAGCCAGGUCUCUGACUGCCCUUCUUCCUGAUCUGCACUGUGGCUCUGGUCUUCCUGGGAAGCUCUGCCCUCGUCCAAAAGCAGAACUGGAUUCAAAUGACUUCCAGCAGCAGAGGAAAUUACUAGACAUCCCUCCCCAUCUUACUGUUUGGAGGGACAGCAAGAGUUAAUUAGUCAUUGACUUGGAAAGGAUGAAGAAAGGAAGAGGGCCUUGGAACUGGGGGAGGUCACCCAGCCCUCCCUCCCUGAGUCAAUGGCAGCCUCUGACAUCAGCAACAGUUGCAUGCCUCAGUGCUCCAGCCUCCCCACACCACCUCCUCCUUCCUCAGAAUGAUCAUAAUUCUUCACAGGAUGGCAACAGGGCCUUGAACAUUAUCUGUGUGGCCUAUUCCAUUACUCCCUCCCCACUCCUCACCACCUCCCCUGACGGAAGGCACACAUGUGCAUGAGGUUGCACGUGUACCAAAUGCCUUCAGCUGGAGGCAUUUAAGGCGCAGAACAAAUGGUCUAGGCUGCAGCUGCAGGACCCAGAGGUGGACCUUGAGGGUCUCAGGAGGAACAAAGAAGCCACCUUUGAGAGAAGAAGCAGCAGCAGCAGCAGCAGCAGCACUGCUACAUCUGCCAGAAAACAAUGCUACUAGCAACUUUCAAGCUGUGUGCUGGAAGCUCCUACAGACACAUGCGCAACAUGAAAGGGCUGAGGCACCAAGCUGUUCUGGCCAUUGGCCAGGAACUGAACCGGAGAGCCCUAGGGGAAUCUACCCCCAGUGCAUGGAUUAACCAAGUUCGGCGUAGGAGCUCUCUGCUUGGUUCUUGUUUGGAAGAGACUUUCCACAGUGACCAAGAGCUGGCCUAUAUCCAGCAGGGAGAGGAAGCCAUGCAGAAGGCCCUGGGCAUCCUCACUAACCAGGAGGGAUGGAAGAAUGAGAACCAGCAGGCAAAUGGAGACAAAGUGUUGAGUAAGGUGGUUCCAGAUGUAGGUAAGGUAUUCCGGCUGGAGGUAGUGGUGGCCCAACCCAUGGAGAGGCUCUAUGAAGAGCUUGUGGAACGCAUGGAGGCAAUGGGAGAGUGGAACCCAAACGUCAAGGAGAUCAAGGUCUUGCAGAAGAUUGGAAAAGAUACAGUCAUCACCCAUGAGUUGGCAGCAGAAGCAGCAGGAAACCUUGUGGGGCCCCGUGACUUUGUGAAUGUGCGCUGUGCCAAACGCAGAGGUUCCACCUGUGUGCUGGCUGGCAUAGCCACACACUUUGGGGAGAUGCCUGAGCAGAAAGGUGUUAUCAGAGCUGAACAAGGUCCCACUUGCAUGGUACUUCGUCCUCUGGCUGGAAGUCCCUCCAAGACCAAACUUACCUGGCUGCUCAGUGUAGACCUCAAGGGGUGGCUGCCAAAGACUAUCAUCAACCAAGUCUUAUCACAGACCCAGAUGGAUUUUGCCUAUCACCUGCGCAAGCGACUGGAGUCCAACCCUGUCUCAGAAGCCCAGCGUUAAACACCAGCCUGCAGUUCCAAUAUGCCUUGCUGCCUUGGCUUGCACGCACCUUAGGAAAAUUCCUGCUGGAAGCCUGCAAGUCUGUUUAAGAUCUUCAUCUUAACAAGAGAGGGGGUGGAAGUGUUAUGUGUUACGAGUAUGACACUAAGUCUCAGACUGGUAAAAGUUUUAGAAAACAGCCAGGCACAGUGGCACUUGUCUGUAAUCCAAGGGACUCGGAAAGCUGAGGCAGGAGGAUCUCAAGGUUGAGCCAGUCUCUGCAAUUUAGUGAGACCUUGUCUCAAAAUAAGAAAAUAAGAAAUAAAAGGA